AUGAGUCUGAGUUUGUAUCUGCUUGUAGCCAUCGGCCUGGCAGACGCGCACUGCGUAUCCUUCAGAUACAUUCUUAAUGCGCUCGAGCAAGAGCUGCACUACGAAGCGAUUCUUCUAUUAGAAAGUUCGAGUGAAAGUGAACCCUGUUGGAGGCACGAGUACUUUCAAGGAGCGGUGCCCAUUCUAAGCUUCAACGCCAAUCAAAGUUUGUAUCUUAAAGAUGCGUUUAACACAAACAUACUGGCACUAGCUUGCCUGAACGGAAACGAAGUGCGUACCAUGCAGGCUCUCUAUGAGAAUCUCCAGGAUAUGCGCGAUACGCCCACCAUACUGUUCGUCCUGUCGGACUCCGAAGUCCAGGAUGUCUUGCUGGAGUGUCUGAGAAGAAAAAUGCUCAAUGUGUUGGCUUUCAAAGGCUCAAACAGGCAGUUCGUCUACAGCUUUCGGGCAUUCCCCGAGUUUCGAAUCAUAAAACGCAAUGUAAAGGACAUCCCUCGGUACUUCGAGCCCCAACUAGAAGAUCUGGGUGGCUACAGCCUCAGUGCUCUGCCCGACAACAUUAUCCCGCGCACUGUGGUCUCCAGGAGCCCGGAUGGGAGUCGCCAGCUGGCUGGAUACCUCUACCCCUUCAUGCGGAACUACGUGAGCACCAUCAACGCAACUCUCAGGAUCUGCUGGCGUCUGGUGCCCGAAGGCGGCACAAUUCAGUUGGGGGAAGUGGUCAGGCUCUCGGAGAUGCAUAAAGUGGACUUCCCACUGGGCAUCCAUGGCUUGGAGCACGGCUCGACGAGUCAGAACGUUCCCUUGGAGAUCUCCAGCUGGUUCCUGAUGCUGCCCAUGGAACCCAGUCUUCCUCGGGCUCAGUUCUUCAUCAUGCUGGGCUUUGAGAAACUAACGCCAGUGCUGCUGCUGCUGACCAUCCUGCUGAGCAGUGCCCAUCGCAUUGAGAUGGGCUUGCGGCCCAGCUGGCGCUGCUACGUCAUGGCGGACAGAAUCCUGCGAGGAGCACUGGCACAGGCAUUCUUCCUACCCCGCAGGCUGUCCUUCAAUCUAAUGCUUGUGUACGCGCUUAUCCUGCUGAAUGGAUUCACCUACAGCAACUAUGCCACCUCCCUUCUGGAGACGUGGUUCGUGCAUCCUCCAUCGGGGCAGCUAAUCUACAGCUGGGAGCAAAUGCGCUCCUUGAACCUGAAGGUCCUGAUUGUUCCCUCCGAGUUGAAUACCAUGACGAAAGCCCUGGGCAAGGAGUUCAUCGAGAGCAACAGCGAUCUCUUCGAGCUAUCCGACUCGGCGCGUUUCCAGGACAAGCGCUUGGCCAUGGACCAAUCCUAUGCCUAUCCCGUGACGUUCACCUUGUGGCCAUUGCUGGAGCACGCACAGAUCCGCCUGCCGAAGCCAGAGUUCCGGCGAUCCCGCGAGAUGGUGCUCAUACCCCUGCUCAUCAUGGCCAUGCCCCUGCCGAAGAACUCCAUGUUCCACAAGUCCCUGAAUCGGUACAGGGCCCUCACCCAGCAGAGCGGCUUGUACGAGUACUGGUUCAAGCGGAGCUUCGGCGAGCUAGUGGCCCUCCGGAAGAUCCACUACAAGGUGGAUGAUGGCCGGCAGACUUAUCGGGACCUCGAGUGGCAGGACUUCAGCUUUGUGUGGCUGGGCCUCGUGGCAGGAAGCAUCGCAAGUAUGCUGGUGCUGCUGGGCGAGAUUGGAUACCACAGGUGGCAAUCAAGACGAAACCAGCAUUGA